CACAAUCACAACUAUCCUCAACGACGGAGAACGACAGACAACAACCAAACGCCAGCCAUACUCGACCGCGCUGGCAAACGCGGUGCACGUUUUCGCUCCACAAUUUAAAAAAAAAAAUUCGAAAUUCGAAUACAAAUGUAACGUGUCGGUGUGUUUCCAAAAACGUUAAGUGCCAUAAAUAGUGAUGUUCUCGGUGUAAAAAAUGGGUGUUAUAUUUUAUCUGUUUUUUGUGACGGUUUUUACUCCGUGUGUUUUUGGCCAAAAUGCGGCCGAUUGUUAUAGUGCAGGAAGUGUGGCCGGUGCUGCAAUAGGAGCGUUUUUGGGUGCACUUUUUCUGGUAGCCGCUGUUUUCUACCUAAGAAAGUUGUACUGGAAAUCCAGAAAAGGAAAGCACCUGGUCUUCACGACGGACCCAGAGUCGGUGAAAGACGAGUUCGCGUUCGAUAACCCAGGGUUCAGACAGGAGGAACGCGCGUGGCAGCAUGAUGCUCCUACCUUGCCCCUCGGCGGGAAGCCAUCGGCCCUGCAAGCGGAGUUUACCAAACCCGACUACAGCAAGGACGACUCUCAUAUACAUCGGGCGCGCAUCCGUCGCGUGAAGCUAUGGGCUCGCGACUUCACCGGGCUGGGUCUGCGGUGCGGGGGCGGGGCGCGGGAGGGUGUGCACGUCCACUCGGUGCUGAGGAGCGGUCCUGCGGCAGCUGCUAAGCUACAGCCAGGUGACAAAAUAAAGAGCAUCAAGAUAGAAUUUACGGGAACUCCUUUGGAAGACGCCGUCAGCAUCAUAUCCCUUGCGUCUCCUUACCCUGUGGAGCUGGAGGUGGUGGAGGGGGGCAGGGCGAGCGGCGCGGGGAGGGGGGUCGUCCACCCGCUGCUGAAGAGGGCUGGCUCCACUGGCGAUGUCAAUACGCUUGAAAAAGAAGCUAAGCUGCUUCAUCCACCAAGAUCACCGAACACGUCCAACUCCAACAACUCAACAUUGGAAACGAAACAUGGUAAGGGAGGCAUCAAGAAGAUAAUCACAGAUAAAAUCGUGAACACAACACUUGAGAGAAAUAAGAAAGAGAAAAGAGAUGGCGUUCCCACCACGUUGGAGAGAGAAAAUGAGAAAAAUAGUAAAUUGGCCACUAAAUCGAGACAUUCCGAUAUUCCAGCAGCUUUAAACAAACCUGAGAGAAACAAAAACAGAAAUUCAAGCGGUGGCGAAGUUCAGAUAAUUCAACCAGAGAAUAUAUCUCAUCUGGAACACGCUGAAGUCCAAAAACGAGAUUAUGAUCCAAAACGUGGCAUGAAAUUCGGUAUCAGGGUUUUACCACCUAAUAUUCCCGAUGAUGGAGUGUUAAGACAAAAAAGUAUUGAGAACGGAACAGUUGUGGCGGAAAAGAAAACGGAUGAAGUUGAUAAGCCCGAACCUCAAAGACCGGCUCCGACGGCACAAUUCAAACAUGAAAAUGAAACAGAACCGAAGAAACCAGUUGUAGCUAAAAGACGAGAGAAAAUGGCACCGCCUAUACCUAAUGCUAGAGUAAAAUCAAAUGAAUUUGAUGCCAGCAACAAUACUGAUACAUCAAAGACUUCAGACAGUUCAUUCGCAAGGACCGACUUAAACUCUAGCGGCAUUAAAAGAGAUGAAAAUGGGAUUCCACAAGAACUACCUCAACACAUGCUUGAGGCAGCCAAAGCAGCAAGAACUAAUAGGAAGAGUUCCACAGAGUUUAUUAUUCAAAAGGAUAAAAUUGAACAUAAGAAGGAAGAAGCUCCAAAGCCAGUAGUAGGCAAAAAGUCGAAAGGUAAGGCGCCGUCACCCCCAGAUACUGAGAAAAACAAAUCUGACGACAGCAUAAUCGAGCAGUUGAAAAAUGUGACCGAUUUCUUGAAAAGUGAAAAGCAACACUCCAGCCUUCUGCAUGAUACGUCUACCGCUAGUAGCAAUAAUACUGCUUCGUCUUUCAACACAUCAACGCCAAAGGUAAACAAGACCAAAAGCAUCUCGCGUAUCGAAGAUUCUAUAAAUUUUAGUCAAGAUGAUAUUGACGAUAUAGUAACCAAACCCUUCAAGCGCGAGAGUGAUUCUCUCAACAACUACUUCGAAGACUCUAAAUCCAAUUUGUCAUCCAACCAUGACGUUCACUCUGUAGUAUCUUUCAACAACAGUGAUAAAAGCGAAAAAGGCUCUACAACAAUUGAGUUAAAUAACAGUGAUAUAACUAUUCACAGUUCUCCGUUGAAUGACACAGUUCAUUCAGCAUCAGAUAGUGCUUCUAUUUUAGAUGAAAAUGAGCGUAAAGCAGCAUCAUUAGGAGACCUUUCUAGAUUUGAACAAAGAGCUAAAGCAAGGCAGCCAUCUACAGGUACUUUAGAGCGAGCACAAAGUUUGGAUAUCUCUGCAGAUGAUGCUGAAAUAAAAGAAACUAAUCUUUCGCCUAAAAAGAGAAAAGCUAUGUCUGUCGUUGAAACAACAUUUUUCGAUUCAGGAACUGAAGAUAUCCUACCUGAAAUGAUCGAUUCUGAGAAAGGUAUGGCCAUAAAGAACAAAGAGCCUAGACUAAGCUUGAAUAUUUCUAAAACGUCAGCUAUUGAAGGUCUGAAUACAUUCCAACGAAACCGAUUGAAAAAAGGUUCUGAAUUUGGUAAUUUAGAGGAUGCUAUUGUCAAAGGAUCUAACAGUUCUGUAGAAUCUGAUAAAGUUGAGAAUGGUAUGAGUAAUAAGAAGCCACAAAACAGAGAGUUUGAGUCAUAUAAGGAAAGUGAACCACAUGAAACAUCAGAUCAUCUUGCUCGGAGAAUAAUGGAUGAGAAUAUAAAAGUUCAUUUAAAGCUUGUCUCAGAAUUUGCUAAGUCUACGUCAGAUGGUAGCAACUUCAGUUCUCUUGAUAGUACCCACGAAAUCCAACCAAUUUCUACAAAAACAGAAAUAACUGGUACUCCUAUCAAAUUCGACGAAAAACUCAGCAUGUCAUAUGAUACUAAUAUUCCAGAUGAUCUAAAAGUUUCAAGAAAUACAUACGUGAACAGUUUGGAACGUCCCAAAUCUGAGAUGAUGAAGAAACUUCUAGCUAAAAAUCCAAUAUUAAAUGUCCAUAUCGACCAAAGUUCACAAAAAACUGACCCUACAACCAGUAAAGAAAUGUCUUCACAGUUGACAGAUUCUUUCAAAUCUUCACUGCACCAACCUGAUAUUGUAAACUUCGAUUUAAAAGCUUCAGAACCUAGAUCUAAACAGACUGAUUACGAUGAUUUUGUUAGCAAUGUGAAAGUCGGGUCGAAUAAUAACAGUUUAAAGUAUAAUAAAAAACCAUCUUUAGAACCAUAUUCCGUUGAAUGGUCUGAACCUAAAGAUGUACAUAGUAGUAGUGUCGUAACAAUUACUACUAAUGAAAAGAAUCAGCCUUUAAAUGAGCAGAAAGGAAAAUCUUAUCAGACUAUUGAGAUAGGAGAAUCAUUGAGAGUAGUGCCCGAUGUCAUCGAAGGUAUCAAAAGGCGAAAUGACGAAAGAGAUGGAAGAACUUUAUACAUGGAACCACCAAAUAUGGCAAUCACGAUGACGCAAGAACCUGUACAAAAAACAGUAACUGUUAAUGUCGCAGAAGAUGAAUUUGGAAAUAAAGUUAUAACACAAAACGUGGAAAAGGUCUCUACAAAAUACAUCACAAGCAAAGCUGAGGCACCUAUACAAGUAGAACAGAUAACGUUUGGAAUUAUGAGACAUUCUGGUAGCAUUGACGAAGCGAUGCUUGAAGAAGGAAAUGUCAAAGAUAUUGAUAGAAAAGUACUGGAGGAAAUAAAAAAGCAGAAUCCCAACAUUGAAUUUACGUCUGAAGAACCGUCAUUUACUAAAACUGAAACAAUAAUUCUGAACACAAAAGACAUGAGCGAAGAAGAAGCGACAGCAUUGAUGACAAAACUACAAAACGAUCCCAAUUUCAUGUCUGACAGAACUCCAGAGGAAUUAUCUAGAAUGGGUAUAAGAAUAAUCCAAGAUCUAGAAGAAGUAAGGACUUCUAGCGAAGACGUAACAGAACUUACUAAAACAAAAUAUUCUAUAAAUCCAUCGUUAGCAACACACUCGGACACGCGAAAUAAUUCCAAAAUGGGUAGUCCAAAGGAUUCUGAAGCAGAAAAAGACCACGUUAUGGAGAUACAGGUGGUCACACCAAGAACAGAGAAGAUGAAUCAGAAAACAGAGUUGGCGAAAGACAAAAUCGCGAGUAGACAAAGAGCGCCCCCUUACCAAGAGCCUUCUUUAUCUUACGAAUUAGAUAUCGAUAUGCUUAACGACUUCAUUCUAAACGAACAACACCACUCGGCCAGACAGAUGGCCGAAGUGAAGAGACGAACAUCGACGCAGAGCGAACCAAAGAAACGCCAUUCGGACUUCGAUUUACCAAGGAACAGUCACAUAAAAUUCAGGACAGCGACGUACGAAUCUCCCAAGGGCACAAUCGUAACGAGCACAGAUCUGGAAAACAGAAGACUGUCACAAUUAGACCAGCAGUUGCGCACAGAACAGCCGUUGAAUCAAAAGCCAACAAUAUCAGCUAAGCCAAGUAACAUACCAGUUAAAACGGAGAAAAAUACAAAGCCGGUUGGCAGCGUGACGGUGUCUUCGAAAAUUCCCGUUUUCAGUCAAAAGUCUUUGAGUCAGGAGAAUUUGACAGACAAAACUUUUGCAUUACCCCGCUCGCCUCCCCCCUCUUUGAGCAGUAGUUCCGGCAACAUUUCUGUGACUUCGAUCAAAAGUAGUUCUAGGAGCCCCAGCGGCGGGAAAAUUUAGUUAAGUGCACUUAAAAUUAUAUUUACACGAUAAACUUCCAUUAGAUUUAAUAAAUAUAGCAUUAUAUAUUGUGAUACCUUUAUGAAAUUAUGUUUCCAAAUUCUCAAAUAUUUCGCCAUUGGCACGCAAAGUUUCAUGUUUAGUCUUUACAUUCCUCACGGUUGUAUCGCACACGUACCUGUUAUGUAUAACAACACCAAAUAAAAGUUGAAUUAGUUUUCAAUAAAUUGAAUUUGUUUUUCUUAUAAAUUGACUUCUUUCUGUUUUAAUUUGUAAAUGACGAAAUAUUUGUAGAUAUAAUGUCUAUAUAUAAAUUAAAAUUGAUAUUAUUUUAAAACAUUGUUAUUAAAAAUGUGCCUUGAUAAUGUUAAUUAACAACAUCUAAGUAGUUUAGUUACGUUAGAAUUUCUUCUGAGAUAUAAUUAAGAUAUUUCCGGUUGUGAAGUAAAAAUAGUCGUGUCACAAUUCUGAUAUAAAUGCAAUAUGUUCUUUAUACAAAGCUGUAUAUUUUUGCUAUACAGAUAUUUAAAAAUUUAAAAAUAUGAAUACUUUCCUUGAAAAUCCAUAUCGAAAGACAUUCCGUCCUCUAAGUAUUACCAUUAUAUUAUAUCUAGACGUAGAUAUUGGUAUGAUGCACUUAUUAUAAAUUCUGAGCCAUUUAGAAAAUUAGAUAUAUAAAUGUUAGAAUUUUAAAUUUAAGUACUUAUAUUUAUUAACAAUAUACAGGAGUUAAUUGUUGAAGUUGAUUUAUAUAAUAUUACUUUUGUAUAAGAUGAAAUGUGAAUUGUAUUACAAAAAAUUAACAAGUUAAAUAUCACAAUACAGAUUGUAUUCUAUCGAUGUAUGAAAUUAAAUGGAACAAAAUGUU